AUGUCCAAAGCUUCACAACUUUUACACGUUCUAGGCAGCCUACUCUUCGCGCUGAUUUUUCUCCUAGCUGGUCGGGUAUUGUACUACUAUUGGAUUGAAAAUUAUUCUCACCAAUCGGAGGAUGAACCCUACAAGUGUAUCAUGUCGUGGAUGAGACCGAAUUAUAUUCCUCUGCCUUUUAAUUAUAUUGGCGAAGAUGAUUCUAAUGCGAGUACUUUAUCUAAAUAUGAUAAAUCACCUCCCUAUACUUUGUAUCGAUUUGUUGAUGAUAUUGAUCAGCAGAGAAAACAAAAGUUGGAUCCAAAAUCAAAGUAUUAUAGGGGAAUUCCGAUUUUGUUUGUGCAUGGAAAUUCUGGAUCGAUGAAACAGGGACGUGCUCUUGGGGUUUCACCACUUGAAUUUAUUUCUAGAUUGGAAAAGUAUCAAUUACAAGAUAGAGUUUAUUUGGACAUGUUUCAAGGAAGUUUUUUGAGAGAGAAUGUGGAAAAGGCCAAAUUGCCUCAAGAUUUUGAUGUUUUUCUUGUGGAUUUCAAUGAACAAUUGAGUGCUUUGAGUGGAGAUGUGCUUGUGAGACAAGCUAAAUAUGUCAGGGGAGUUAUGAAAUAUAUUACAUCACUUUAUACUUCUGAGGAAAACAAACCAAAGGAAAUUAUUGCAGUUGGACACAGUAUGGGAGGUAUUGUUUUAAAGGCAGCAAGUGCUUUAACUGUAAAGGAUAUUCUCCCAAUUAGAACACUAAUUACUUUGAGUACUCCAUUCAAGAGACAUCCAGUCUUAUUGGACAGGGAUAGUGAUUUAUUCUAUCAACAAUUGGUUCGUUUGCCACAUCCAAAGGUUGAUAUUUUCUCGAUUGGAGGUGGUUGGCAUGAUGAGCUAAUUAGAAGUGAUCUCACUGGAAAUCCUUUGCUUGGAAAAAACAAUUCAAAUUUCUACCAUAUCAUGUCUACAACCUCAGUUCCAAAUACUCAUUGCUCAACUGAUCAUCAAGCUAUCACAUGGUGUAAACAAAUUAUUCUUCCUAUUGCCAAAUUUUUAGUUCAUUAUGCCUAUGAAGGUGGUAUGGAUUUGUCAACCAAGAAGAAGGUCAAGAUAUUUGAAAAAUAUUUCACUAAUAAGAAUUCCGAGCUCUCAUUCUACAAUAACCCACCAAAGAAGUAUGACAUUAGCAAGUAUAAUCUUGCAAAGGCUGUCUCCGUAUCUUCACCACUCACUUCAUCAAAUCCAGUGAUUCAUGUGAAGAAUAUCCUCAAAAAAGUCGAUGAAUUUUCACUCUUAUUUACUGGCUUAAAGUCAGAGGUCAAGUUGGUUUUCGUAAAGACAAAUUCCACACAAGUUCUCAUUCACGAUCACAUUGAUUCACUUCCAUUCUUUGAUGUUGUUGGAUCUGAUAACGAUAUUGAUGAGAGCAGAAUUUCUCCAAAGAAAGUCAAAUCCUUUGUCACUUUAAAGAAAAAACACGUUUCUGACUAUGACUACAUUAUUGUAGAUAGUCAAAGAGCUAGUCAAUUGGUGGUUCAUGAUGUUAAAGUGACUGUGUCUACACAUGUUGGUUUCCACCCUUAUCCAUUUUUAUUGAGCAGAAUUUCAAAUCAUUUGAAAGUCAACUUUGCAGGAGUUAGACCACAAUUUGCCUAUUCAUUAAGAGUUCAACAUUUUUGUAAAAAUAAUUUGGUAGAUGGUAUUAUCAAGAUCAAAUCACACGACGGAAAGGAGGAACGUAUUGAACCUUUUUCCUCCAACUUGGCAAAUUACAAACUCAAAUUCUUUGAAAGUAAUAGAAAUCAUUCAAAGUUCCAAAUUGAAUUCAUUUCUGGAUGUGAAUUAUCGAAUGGAGAUGUAAGCAAUGCUGAAGCUACUCUGAAUAUUGACAUUUUCACAACUUUGAUUAUGUUUUUCAGAUAUCACUACUCAACAACAAUUGCAUCCAAUGCAUUCUCACUUAUUUUAUUCGCAAUCUCCUUUAUGGCCUGGAACAAUUUUACUGUUUCUUUCCACAAAGCCCUCAAUGUUUCCUUAUUUACCAGAGGAUUCGUUAUUGUACUCAUUGAAUUGGUGAAUAUUCACCUUGACUUGCCACAAGCUGACACAAUGACCUAUCACGAAAGUGAGCCAAUUUAUAUAGUUCUUUCCUUAAUUACUGCCUUCUCCAUUUUGCACAUUCUUUACUUUUUGUUGAGAGUUGUAAUGAUAAUUCUCUAUUUACCUGCCAGAUUGUUGAAGUUUGUUUUCACAUCAAGUAUUUUCAUCAUUGCCUGCUCUCUCUUGAUUGCAUAUGGAGUUCAUAAGUAUAUGCAUAUUGGAUUAGGAUUUUUAUUCACUCUCGUUUUGAUGUUAUUGAAUAUGGCUGUAUCUAGUGAAGAUGCUCAACAUGAGUCGUUGAAGAGCGCCUUUUUGAUGCUUCACUCUAUCUCAACAAUUAUUCUUCUACCUUCAUGUAUUGUUUGGAUUAAGGAAUGGAAGGAAAUGAUUCAUAUUUCCAAGACAGCCCUCAAGGGUAUUGAGUUAUUCACUCAAACUAUUCCUCCAGCUCGUUUUGCAAACAUGAUCAAUCCUGUUUCCUUAUUACCAUGUCUGGUUACCUUUGUUUUGAUUUUCAUUAAUCAAACAACUCUAACAAAGGAAUUCAACUUUAGACACUAUCUCAUCAUGGUUGCUUGCGAACUUGCUGCAGCAUACAGCACCAUGCAUUUCAGAUUUACACUUUAUGGUUAUGCAUUGAUUUGCUCCGCUGUUUGUUCCAUUCUUAUUAUGUUACUGACAUUGUUAAAGAAGGUCGAUAAGGAAAAGACUGAUUAA